GGGCCCGGGACGCGCCGGCGGCGGCGGCGGCGGUAGAGUUGGGGUCCCGGCGCCCCCCGCCCGCCGUGUGCUCGAUCGACGCGAUCCGCCCGCUUCGGCUCCACCCGCGCUGCAGCCAUGGGCUCCUGAGGUCUCUCACACUCGCUCCAGAAUUUCUCUUGGGGAGUGUCCUACCACCCGCACCAUGACGGUGAGUGGGGCCGCGCUGGCCCCGGACCCAGCGGCAUCCCCCACCAUGGCGGCUGCCUCGCCCAGUGUCUCGGCCGUCCCCGAGGGCAGCCCCACGGCCAUGGAGCAGCCCGUGUUCCUGAUGACCACCGCGGCUCAGGCCAUCUCGGGAGUGUUCGUCUGGACAGCCCUGCUCCUCACCUGCCACCAGAUCUACAUGCACCUGCGCUGCUACAGCUGCCCCAACGAGCAGCGUUACAUCGUCCGCAUCCUCUUCAUCGUGCCCAUCUACGCCUUCGACUCCUGGCUCAGCCUCCUCUUCUUCACCAACGACCAGUACUACGUGUACUUUGGCACCGUGCGCGACUGCUACGAGGCCUUGGUCAUCUACAACUUCCUGAGCCUCUGUUACGAGUACCUGGGGGGCGAGAGUGCCAUCAUGUCGGAGAUCCGGGGAAAGCCCAUUGAGUCCAGCUGCAUGUAUGGCACAUGCUGCCUCUGGGGCAAGACGUACUCCAUCGGCUUCUUGCGCUUCUGCAAGCAGGCCACCCUGCAGUUCUGCGUGGUGAAGCCGCUCAUGGCCGUCAGCACUGUCAUCCUCCAGGCCUUUGGCAAGUACCGCGACGGCGACUUUGAUGUCAGUAGCGGGUACCUCUACGUGACCAUCAUCUACAACAUCUCCGUCAGCCUGGCCCUCUACGCCCUCUUUCUCUUCUACUUCGCCACCCGAGAGCUGCUCAGCCCCUAUAGCCCCAUCCUCAAGUUCUUCAUGGUUAAGUCUGUCAUCUUCCUCUCCUUCUGGCAAGGUAUGCUGCUGGCCAUCCUAGAGAAGUGCGGGGCCAUCCCCAAGAUCCACUCGGCCCGCGUGUCAGUGGGCGAAGGCACGGUGGCCGCCGGUUACCAGGACUUCAUUAUCUGCGUGGAGAUGUUCUUCGCUGCCCUGGCUCUGAGGCAUGCCUUCACCUACAGGGUUUAUGCCGACAAGCGGUUGGAUGCCCAAGGCCGCUGCGCUCCCAUGAAGAGCAUCUCCAGCAGCCUCAAGGAGACCAUGAACCCCCACGACAUUGUGCAGGACGCCAUCCACAAUUUCUCGCCCGCCUACCAGCAGUACACGCAGCAGGCCACCCUCGAACCCGGGGCCGCUCGGCGUGGUGGCGCCCACAGCCUGGCACGCUCCCACAGCCUGGGUGCCGUGCGUGACCAUGAGAAGACGCUCCUGCUCAGCUCCGACGACGAGUUCUAGCCACGGCCGCCCAGGCCCCUCCCGGGUGGACAGAUGGACAGACCGACCGACCGACCGACUGAGAGCCACAUGUGUGUGUGUGUGUGUAUACACACCGCUUCCAGCAGUGUCCGGCCCAAGCUGAGCCGCCAAAAAUUUUGAUACCGGACUUGGCUCCAAACGCACCCUGGGCACCAACCCCCCACUUCGCCCCCUGAGGCCCCCUCACAUACACCGUGCAAUACCCGAUCUGGGCUCACACCUCGCUUGCGCCCAUGCCCUCCUCUGUAGCAACACACACCGUGCCCAGCAGGAGGGGCACACCCUCCCCAGACUCCUUCCCACCCCAGGCCUGCCUGGCUGGCAUGCUGCAAGGGUGAAAGCUAGCCCCCAAGAGUCAUGCCCACAAGCUGGGGCUCCCUGCCUACAUACACACACGUGCACACACACCGCACCCCAUCUGGGCCCCUUCCCAGGCGCUGUUUGCACAGACCCAUGGGGUGCACAGAGGGUGGGCUGCCCCUUCAUCCCCUUCCUGCUGCAGGACAGGGUCUUAGCUGGGGCUUCUGGCUCCAGACCCCAGAGGGGCUGCGCCACCCCCAUUUCCCUCCCAUGGCUCCCCUAGAAGGGCGGGAAGUGGGAGCUAAAGGUCCCGGAUGCUGGGGGGGUAGUGGGAGGAGUGGGGGUGUCAUUGCAGGAUUUGGGGUCUUGCCUCACGCAGCCCCUGGCCUGUCUUCUUGUGCCUUAGCCACACACGAAAGCUCCCCCCCACCACUUGCCUCUCGGUUGCUUUAGACACCCCUAACUCCCACCCCAAAACUGCUGGCACCCAGUACCCUGCAGUGCAAACCAGCCUGCAUCACAGGUCCUUUAUUGCCUGCCUGGAUGGUGGCACCCCCAGCCAGACCUGCAGCACCCCCUGAGCUGGGGUCCCUUCGGGCUGCCUCUCUUCCUGCUUGUGCCCAAGAAAGGCCACUCCAGGAAUGUCUUGGGCAUGUGGGGCCCCAGGCUUUUGGUCCUCUAUGGAGGCCUUCUGGGGGCCCCUGUCCUGGUCUCCUGACCAGUCCCCGAACCUGCCUGCCUCCCACCUGCCCCUUCCUCUGAGUCCCCCUCCAGGCCAAAGUGUGCUGCUGCCCCCUGGGCCUCCGCCUGCCAGCACGGGGGUGGGGGACUCAGUACAGGGAGCCGGGACCAAGUGUGGAGCACCCCCCUCCGCCGGCGAGGCAGACCCCCUACCUUGUCUUUUUCAUUGGUUGGUUUUCAUUUCUUUCCUUGUCCCCACCUCCUAGAGUAGCUCUUUGUACAUAAGAAAUACUUGAAGAUGCCCUUGUUCGCCGGAUGGGAAGCCCAGAGACCCUAGUUUUGUAUAUGUCUGACUGCCAUGAACCCCUCCCCCCUCAGCCCCCAGAAAACCGCUCUAUUUUGGUCUCUGACAUUUGAAAUGUGUGACAGAAGUGAGCAAAUAAAGUGAGAGAGAGUAUAUAUAUGAGAAUAUAGAUCAUACUGAAA